AUGUCAACCUCAACUAUUAAGACUAAAGGAGCUCCCCCAAAUUCUGUAAACCCCACUUUUCUGCCAGAGAAAGCUGGACAGGAGCCAAGUAAUCGUAAAAAUGAAGGAAAUAUUUCAAAUCUGCAUGUGAAUAAUGCCAACAUGGGGGACCUGAGCAUCCUAAGUUCCAAGGUGAUACCCACCAACUGUUUGCUAGAGUUUGUGGCUGGUAUGCUGGCCAAUGUGACCCUGUGGAAAGUUUUCUUUAAGGCCACCUCUGUCACUAUCUUCCACACUAAACUGGCUGUCACAGAUACUCUUUGCUGUGCGACACUGCCAUUUAAGCCAGCUUACCAUCUCACUGGGAACCACUGAGUAUUGGGAGAGGUCAUGUGCUGGGCUAUCACCAUUAUCAUCUCUGGCAACAUGUACUGUUCUACUCUGCUUCUCACCUGCAAGAGUAUCAACUUCUACCUGGCCAACCACCCUUUCAUGUUCCGGAGGCUGUCCAAGUGCACCUUUGCUUUGCUAGCAUGUAAACUGGGGUGGAGAUGGGAGUCAACGGUCUUCUUAUACGUGCUAUUAUGGUUCAUCCUCAUGCAGGAGAGUCUUGUUCAGCCAAAUACCACUGCCUACCAUGAUGUCCACAACAUAUGCAUGGCUUCAUCUCCCUUACAACUCUAUCACCUCAUUUCUUUGACUUUCUUUGGAUUCUUGAUUCCUCACCUGCAACUUAAUGCACAGGGUGCUAAACUGCUCAGGUAUAUCAAGACAAUUUGCCUUAUCCUUUUGAUUUUUACCAUUUGUUUUGUUCCAGAAGUAUUGAAUGUCAUUUAUCAUACAAACUAUUUCAACAACACUGAAGGCUUAUAUAUCAUCCACCUCAUAGGGCUGUGCCUAGGUAGCCUGAAGAGUUGCCUAUAGCCAUUCCUUUACUUUCUCAUGUAGAAAGUCAUAAAUCAUUCUACUUCUUAUCUUACAAAAGUGAGAGUGUCUUAG